AUGCAAUAAGAAUAAGGGAUUAAUACAAUUAGGAUUAGUUUAAAUAAUCCUGUCGAGAGAUAAGAAGAUGAUUAAGAGUCAGAUUAAUCAAAGGAAGACAUUAAUAACUCAUAAUCUAAAGACUCAGAGAAUAAUAAUUAAUCAGAAUUAUUAAUUAAGAUGAUUAAAAAUUCUUUGUAUAUUUAUGCAUACUUCAGCAUAAGCAUUAAAAUAUUAAACUUGUUUGAGUCAAAAUAUAAAUUCAUCUGGAAUGCGUAUGAGCAUAUUAAAAAAUGA